UUCGCCAUUGCUGAUAUUUAAACUAUUACACUUCGGAAACGGAAACAAAAGCGGCCGCUUUAUUUUAGAUAACUCUGAUUGGCUGAUCCCAUCCAACAUCCAACAUAUUUUAGAACCAGUCCUAUACGUAAAAUAUUUGAAGGAAACUCUAGACAUUCAAUCUCUCAAAUAAACAUGGCUGCGAUAGUGACGUUGAACGUGACGUCACAACCCUCAAAGAUAUUGGAUCCAACAUAUUGGAAGGAGUUGGAAGCUAAAAUUUGACAGUGUGACAGGGCCUUUAUAACACUUUCUGUUUCGGUGAUUCCCAUAUAUACUAACAUGCAUCUAUGGGUAUCUGUUCUUCAUAACAAUCAGCGAGAUAAUAUUUUUGUGUACUUACUGCUCGGUAAAAUACAAGUUUUUGAAAAAUGGAGCAGUGUUCAGGAGGAAAGACAUGCUUGGAAAUAGUCGGCGAGAAGGCGGAGAGCGAAGAGAAAUCCGUUCCUUGUCAGGAUAUGUUAAAUUCUGUAUCGGUAAAUGUAAAUGAUAGAACUUUAUCUAAUUCGUCUUCCAAUUCAUCUUCAACGAACUGCUCUCUUAAUGAAGACCAAAGCACCAAUGGUGAUUUUUUGGGCGAUAACUUCAACAGAUUUAGCGAAUCAAAGGAAUGCGAUGCACCAUCGCCCAGAAAACUACCCACUGUGAAUUGUGCGGAGAAAAUAAUCUUGUGCGUGGACAUGUGCGAGGAUGCGGGCACCACGCCCUUCAAGAUAGCGAACGGCGCGACCUACAGGCCGCUGUACAUGAUCAAGCGGGUGAUCCAGAUCUUCGUGCACAACAAGCAGCUGCUGGGCAGGAGCCACGAGUUCGCGCUGAUGCUGCUGCAGGCGGAGGGCGCGCUGUGGCUCAGGAACUUCACGCGGGACCUGCGCGAGGUGACGGCGGUGCUGGACGACCUGCUGGAGCUGAGCGCCGAGCCGGGAGACGUGUUCGACCUGUCCAGGCUGUUCGACGAGGUGCACAAGCACGUGCGCCUGCCCGCGCCAGACCCCGCCAACCUGGCGCGGCCGCCCUACACCGUCAGGAUGAUCCUGUUCUACAGCCGGGCCCGCUGCGUGCCGCGCUUCCUGUCCGAGGGGGCGCGCGCCCGGGAGCUGCUGAGCUCGGAGUUCUUCACGGCGGACGUGAUGUACGUGCACGAGGACCCCUGCCAGGACGUGUUCGAGCGGCUGGGCGCGCUGGACGAGAAGGGCCGCUCGUACGUGCUGCACGUGGCUCGCGACGCAACCAAGCUGCACAACGGCAUGGCCAGGCUGCUGGCUCACCCGCUGCAGAGGCCGCAGCAGGGGCGGGCGAGCUACCAGCUGCCCGGGCCGCCCGGCGACUGCGACUAGCCCCGCUAGCUAGCCACAGUAGCAAUCCUCAAUAUGAAACAAGCCACCGUAGCCGUGCCACGAGCCACAAGCAGCUCUGAGCUGGGAAUCCCCGUACACGAGUAGCAGCUGAACCGGGCGACGAGGCAAUUCAAGCACCUUCUCAGCACGACCACUCCGCGGCUCACCUACCGUAAGAACGAGCGUGUGAAUGGUAUUGACGUUGCACUGAAUCAUAUUGGCAACAGAUGACGCUCAACCUUUAAUUACAUGUCAGCAGGUGUGUGAGCCAAUCUCUAGUUAAUUAGUUAAUCUUUGUAUAUUUUGUUUACAUUCAAGUUUGUUUUGUAUCGAGUAUUAUUUUGCUAUUCUUUUAUUGUUUUAUUUUUUAAUAUGCACUAUUAAUCUGGAGAAAUGUAAAUGUAAUGUUUAAUGUGGUUAAGUGUAAGAAAAGGAGUAGCGCCCUUAACUUUGCCACCAAUAAAGACGAAUAAAUAAAUAAAUAAAUAAAAUAAAAUUUAACCUAACCAGUGUCCACACAUAUUUUAGUAUUUUUAAUGUAGCUAACUUAACCAACAUUCCACACAUAUUUCAUUGUAUUUUUAAUGUGGCUGACCUAAGCUUUAAAAAAAAAAAACUAUGAUUGUAAGAACAGUUGGUUAGAACAGUAAUUUUCAAGACAAUUAGUUUUCAAAACUACUAUUUUCAGAAUUAUGUUUUUUCUAAGAUGAGGGCAUAUGGUAAAGGUUCAAUAUCAUGUAAGUUUAUCCCUAGAUUGUUAUGAAUUAUAAUUGUAAUUUUAAUACGAAAGAAAAAAAUUUCACAACACCUGACAUAAUUUCUUGGUAAUUAUCGUGGCUUUUUAGAAUAGAAAGAAAACAAAUUUAUAAAUGUGGUUUUUACGCAGUACACACAUCCCUAUAUUUACCCAGAAGGGAUGGUUACAUAAUUCCUACUAGUUUGUUAAAAAAAUAAUAGUUUAUAGCUUACAUUACUUUACCAGCAUCAGAUAUAACAACCCAGAUUACAGCCUUCCUCAUACAAUCCAGUAUUAAUAAUUUGUUAUAAAUUGUUUUGUCAGAUUUCAGGUUAGAUGUAAAGUUUUUCCUUUUAGAAGUUAUUGUGAACGUAUUUCACUGGGUUUAAUUUUGAUAAUUUAUUAGUUUAAUUUUCAAGUAUUUUUUUUUUUGCUGGCUUUUUUGUGUGGGAAGGCAUGCUGAUGUAAUUCUCCUUCGUUAUUUCCACGACAGAGGCUUUGUUUCACACGCCAGGGUUUGAAUCACAGAAAGAUAGAAAAUUGCUGGUCGUGGGAACAGAAGAAAGCAUUUUAUGGAAGUUUCUGUUGCCAUGCGCCGUGAUUGGCUGAGAAUUACGUCAGUGAGCCCAGGACACUGCCCGCACAAAGGGAAGGAAGACUGUAAGAUCAGUCAUUGUUCGAGCACCGGGACAAGAGAUCGUGGUUGGGCGAUGGCUCGAAUAACAUAGUAAUGUUCUGUUGAAGUACAACUUUGUGGCUAAGGUCCGGGCGACACCUAAUAACUUUUUCCCCCCGGACAUUUUGAUAAAUUAGAACUUUCUUUUUUUUUUUGACCGUAGUCGUAGGCAAAGCCCACAGCGAGGCGACAAAGGGUUUUGUCCAGCCAUCGCUGCCCGGAACUUAUCCGGGCAAUGUAAUGUGAUUUAUCACAACCACGGGAUGUAAUUCAUAAAAAGAGUACGUGUUUUUCCCCCUUUCUGGAUGUACAUUAAAAAAAUUUUUUGUGUUCUGUUGUGCAAAAGAUAUUGUGAUUUUUACAUGAAUAGAAAAAACAGGUAAUACAUCGAACACUGCUUAUAAAUUACUUCAUGACCUGCUACCCACCUGUAUGUACACUCACCACCUAAUUUUGAGAUAGCUGGAGGUGGUGAGUGGUAAAAACGUCACGGCUUCCGGGAAAGAAAAGUAAAUAAAAACAGAAAAUGGUUUUUGAAGUACUAGAGACAUCCCCAAAUAUACCCUGAAAACAUGGUUUCUUAAUUCCUACUGGUUCGUGAAAAAUAACAGUUUAAAGUUUACAUUACAACACCUGUGUUUUCACACUAGAACCGCCAGUCAUUGUUUACCCGCGAUCGUGAAUAACCUUGUGUAGCACAAGUGUAGCCAACUAUAAGAAUUAAAAAUUAGCUAAUUCUUCAGUUUCAUAUACUAUUGAAGUUUAUUCCUGGAUCCUGUUGGUUUGAUCCUGUGGUACAUGAUGCUUGCUGUUUUAGUUCAGUAUGUCGGAAGAUCCUGAUGGAAAUAUCCUGAUGGCUUGAUCCUGUGGUACAUGAUGCUUGCUGUUUUGAGUACAUAGUCAGAAAAUCCUGAACAUAACAACAAAUAUUGCCAUAAUAAUGAAUUAUGAUUGAAAGUCGAAUGAAAAGGAUUUUUUUUUUUCAAUCUACAAUCCUAAUUCUUUCUAAUUCACAAUGUCUUUUAUGUGCAGGAUCUUGUACUAAAUUAAAACAGCAAGCAUCAUGUAUCAGAAUGAAUGUAUACAUCAUGAAGAGGUAAACUUAGUUAUGCAAUACAGAACAUGGUGUGAACAAUGGAUAGUUAGGGAUUAUCAACAGCAUAUUUUUUAACAGUUUUAAUGUAGCUAACCUAACCAACCGUUCUCACAAUUUAUGCCACAUGAAUUUAAAAUUGUAAACUACUUGGAGCAAUCUGACUGGAAAAUGUGUCAGGAAAUAAGUAAAGGCAUAUUGAUUUUUUUAUGGAAAGGUUACUUGCUCCAUAAUUACCAGAAAUAAAUUAAGAUAAUUUUUUGUGAAUUACAUACCUAAUUAAAAUGCUGCCCUAUUAGCUCUGAAAAGGGGAUUUUUCAAUUCAGUCUGGAUUGUAAAAGGUAAUUUUAUAGAGAAAGCACCAUUCUGAGAGAAAAAUUUAAAAUUCAGUAAAUGGUACUUUUGUUAAUUAGUGUGAUGAUAAUGUAAUGCCACUAUUACAAAUUCCAUAAAAUUUGUUACCGGGGUUAUAUGUUUUAUGUUCAAAUUUGGGUGAUAUUGAACAUAUUAAUUCAGGUUCUUGAGAAUACCUAGCAUGUAAACAAUUGUGCUGUCUGUGGGAAAAUGUAUUUAUUCUUUGAUUUCACCAAUUAUGGAAUUCGGAAUAGGUGCAAAUGAAAAUUUUCCAAGAAUGAAAGAUUGGUAUGUUGAGUCAGUAAAAUUAAAAAUGUUGUAAAGUCAUGCAAAAGUUAGUUAGGUUAUGUCUGAGGUUAAAGUUCCUUAUCACGAAUCCAAGUUUAUCCCUUGAAUUUGCUAGAAUGAUCAUGUAUAAUUUGAUCCUAUGGUACGCUAUGCUUGCUGUUUUAAUGUAGUACAUCAAAAGAUCCUGGACAUAACAAAGACUUGGAGAUACAACGAUUAAUUAUGUUCAUGUAAUGUAUGUCCAUAUGACAAAAAAAAUUUCAAGACCUGACAUGUUAGUUUGUACUAUGAUAUUCCGAGUUUUUGUUAUGGCCAGGAGUAUAAUAUUUUUUCAUAUUGUAAAUGGGAUUCGAAAACGCAGUUUUGUGAGAUAGUAAAUGAAUAUUAGUAGGCAGGAAAUACUAUUUCUGUAUACUUUUUCUUUGUUUUCUAUGGAAAAGUUGUAGCUCAAGGAAAUUAGUUUCCAAGACACUGGAAAGUGGAGUGUGCUAAGAUGCCCAGGAAAAUCAUUGGGUAAAAAUGAAUAUGUGUUUGAAAACUGUGGAGAAAAUUUUUGUUUAAAUUGUAAGAGUUGCAGGUUUCUAUAAAAAAAAUUACGAAAGUACAAA